AUGGCGCAAACCAAACAUGUGAGACGCCCAUCCGAACGCAUGACUCCCCGGAAAGGGCAAAGUUCUCGGCCCAAACCCAGAGCAAGUACCGGUCGGCCUCGCGCGCAACCCGGCGAUCCAGUUCCUACUAGGAGACCACAUCGAUAUAAACCAGGAACGAUCGCUCUUCGUGAAAUCAGACGAUAUCAGCAGUCGACAGACCUUUUAAUCCUCAAGCUCCCCUUUGCGCGUCUCGUGCGCGAAAUUGCAAUCGAUCUCUUGCCCGUUCGAGCGGCUCAAGAACUAAGAUGGCAGAGCCAAGCAAUACAGGCACUACAAGAAGCCAGCGAGGCUUUUCUCGUACACCUUUUCGAAGAUACCAAUUUGUGCGCCAUCCACGCAAAAAGGGUCACCAUCAUGCAGAAAGAUAUUCAGCUAGCUAGGAGAAUACGAGGCGCGUGGGGAGGGCUUGGUUGA